GCUGAUCUGGAAAUAUGGAAUUCUUCGUUAUAACUAGUGACAUCUUGCGGUUGUGGAUUCUUCACCGUGCUGCCAUCUUACAAGGCCAUAUUGAACUUAUAAAGCCAAAUGGAUAACGAAUACGAAAUGUGGAGUUACAAAGAUGCCAAAACCGAGGUCUGUCAUAGGUUAAAAGAAGGGUUCAUGAUGCUAGAUACUCAAGUGCAAGAUGUGAAGGAAUAUGUAGGAGAACGAAUUAAGGACGUCAUCGGGUGUCUAAGAACCUGUACAAAUCCAAAGAAAAUAUCUGUAUUGGAAUCGAUAAAGAAUUUUUAUGAAAAUGCUUUCCGUCAAUUAUCCACAAUCCAGCAAUUAUUUCAAGAACAUUCAACCUCCAACGAAAUAAAUUCUUCUAUUGAGUGCGAACUGCGCACAAAGUCACCAUUCCAUAUUUCCCAAUCAAAACUCAAAAAGGCUUUUACCUACUGCAAGAAUUAUUUAGAAAAAUCUAAUGAUGUCGAAGCAAGAAUUGACCUAUGUAAUUGUUUCUGGGCAAACAUUCCUGAAUACAACCUAGAAUACACACAAGACAUUAUUGACCGCCCAAAAUAUCCGCCAUCUUCCGAAUUCGAUGAAUCUGAUUUGAAAUUCAAACAGGACAUGGCAAAAUUGAGAACUAAGUUGUUUUCUAUGUCCAGAAAUUUCAAAAGGUUCAGAUUGCAAGAUGGAUUCAUUAGAGCAAGUAUAGUGGAUAGACAAAAAACAGGACAUCGUUCAGGGACGAGAAAAAAUGUCGACGAAAUCGUUACACUAACCGAUUCGUUUGCUCCACCUGUAUUGGAAACUGAAUUAAAACGUGUCGGCAUUUUGAAGUUUGUUGACGGCGAGUUCAAAACCUGUGAAGUUUGGUUAAAACUUCUAGAUAGUCGUGGUCAGCAGCUUAGAUCAAGAUGGCAAUUUGUCAUGCAGCCACAAAUAGAAAGUAUAACAAGAAAACGUCUGAUACCAGUACUGCACUUGGUACCAGUGACGACCUAUGAAUUUCUCUCAAUGAUCAAAGAAAAUGGAAUCAAUUUUACGCUGUAUGAAGACGAUCUUGUUUCUUUAUUGGAUAAUCAAACUGAAGAGGCUGCUUGGUUAACCACCUGGAAACCACAAUUCGCGAGUAUACAUGGAAAAAAUAUUGCUGCUGGAAUUAUACAGAAAUACUGGCGUGGCCAUAAGCUUCGUAAACAAAUGUUCGAAUCCGAUUGUAAAUAUAUAGCUGCCAGUGUAUUGUGGACAUCCUGGAUAGUAGUGAAGAAGAAAAGGCAGAUGCAUAUAAAUUAUUUACAAGGCACGUUGAAGUAUGCAAACGUCACUAAAGAUUUGGUUGAAACUUUUAGCCGCGAUUACAACAGUUUUAUUCAGCAACCACAUUUUGUAAUUCAUUUACCUUCAAUGGGACUGCCACAGGAAUUACGAAAAUUAAUGACAUCGGCCGAAUUUUCUGUGUACCAAAACGUAAUGGCACUGAAAAUAUCAUUUUUACGAAAUCCAUCUUGUCAAGUAUUGUACGUACUUCCGGUGUCUCCAAACGAAGAUCUCUUAACUAUGUAUCAUGAUCUGAUCGAAUCUGUCCAUCCAGAAAAAAAUUUCCAGAAGCGAGUAACUUAUUUAGAAUUGUCAGAAGCCAAAACUUUUAAAUCCUGUUCGUUCAAUGUAUCCAGACAUCUUUACUGUUCUCUUGACACAAUGAAUGCAAUAACAAAAAAGAUUGAUAAGAUGCCAGCUUAUUUUUUACCAUGGGUAUUGGAUGAAUGUGAAAUAAGGUUGGCAGGACUGAUGAACAUUCCACUGCUUGCUCCUGAAAUGGAACUUCAAAAUAAAUUAUUGAACAAGUCUUAUAUGGCUAGUUUAAUAACAGAAUUAGAGUUGGAACAACCUGUAUACGCUACCAAUAUUAGAGACUAUGGAACACUGUGUACGAAAAUGGCGGAAUUAAUUUGUCUCCAUACUGAAGUCUGUCUUUGGUUAAUUAAAAUUAAUCUGGGCGAUGCUGGAAGACAAACUGGAGUUUUUCUUAUCAAUCAUAUCAGUAUUCCAUUUAUGCCAAUACUGAGAAAGGAGCGAGAUUUGUUUGGCAACGAGUGGAAAAACAACCCAGAACUUAGAACAGACUUUUUAAAUAGUAUGAUGCAUCAUUUACCUCAGGUGGUUUCAGUCGUGACAAGACUGUCGUCAGUUUACAAAAGCUGGAGACAAUUUUGCGGUCAUAUUAAUAAAUAUGGCUGUUUAUUACAAGCUGUCCCUAAUGAAAAAAUGGCUCGGUCGGUAACAGUGAUGCUUUUUGUGCCUGCGCAUAAUACUGGACAACCACCGGAAAUUAUAGGAACUGCAGAUCGAAUAUAUUUAGAUCCUACUGCCUCUACUGUAUUUGGCUACAUGAUUCCACAAACUUCGGUAGACACUAGAUACUUACUACCAACUGUUAAUCGACUAGCUGCGGCUUUACAGAGUCAAGGAUAUUUUGGUCACUUAUCAAUAGAUCUAUUUUGUCAUCCUCAUAUCAAAGAGGAUAGAACUGUUGUUCUUGUGGUGGAUGUGGAUCCGUUUUAUGGUCCAGCUCAACAUUUUAUCGAUUGGAUGCUGUUCACUAUUAAUGGUACAUACAGAAUAGUAGCUCAACUGGUAACGCACCCAAUGGAUGUAAUAAAAAUUCGUAUGCAAAUCUCAAGGGUCUCUCUUUCCCAAACAAUGCGGCAUACUUUUGCGGCUGAGGGCCUCCCUGGAUUUUAUACAGGAUUGUCAGCCAGUUUGUUUAGGCAAAUAACCUAUACGGCAGCUAGAUUGGGAACGUACAACGCUUUGAUAGAUUUUAGCGAAGAAAAAUUUGGCCAGCUUAGUUAUAGCACUAUGAUAUUAUUAGGAAUGAUUGCUGGAGUAACUGGAGCAUUCAUAGGAACGCCUUCUGACGUGGUUAUGAUACGUAUGAUAGGAGAUAUAAGAUUACCUGCAGAGCAACGAAGAAAUUAUAAAAACGCUAUUGCGGGUUUGGAUAAAAUUUUGAAACUUGAGGGCACUGCCUGCAUGUGGCGUGGUGCGGUUCCUACUAUGGGAAGAGCAGCCAUAGGGAAUGGAGUACAAUUGGGUACUUAUUCUCAAUCUAAAAUUUUAUUAAAAGGUGUUGUUGAUGAGGGUGUACUCUUACAAAUUGGAGCAUCAACUAUAUCUGGAUUAGUGACAGCAAUCUCUUCACUUCCUGUGGAUGUCGCAAAGACAAGGAUACAAAAUUGGAAUUAUCCUUCUAAGCCUCCCAGUGCUAUCACUAUUAUCAGUGAUAUUGUUAAGAUGGAAGGUUUGUUGACACUGUGGCGAGGAUUUUUACCAUAUUAUGCAAGAAUAUGCCCGAACACUAUAAUUACUCUAGUUUGUAUGGAGCAAUUAAGUCAACUGUACAUGGAAACGUGGCAUUCGUAAUUGUUUGUCGUUUUACAAUAU